AUGGUUCUCCAACGAUUUGCCAAGCUUUGGAAGCAAUUACAGCCGUCAAGAAAUAAUAAAAGACAAUCAACGCAGGCUGCAAAGAGUACGACAAUUCUUUUACAGAAUGGCUUAGUCAUACAACAUGGCGAGCAAGAUUCUGUUCAAGUUGUCGAGAACACGGAUGUUCUGAUAGUAGACGGCAUUAUCAAGGAAAUCGGCAAAUCUAUCAAACCUCCACCUCAUGCUGAAAUUGUCGACUGCUCCAACAAGAUCGUCAGCCCGGGUUUCAUCAAUACACAUCAUCACCUUUGGCAGACGCAGCUCAAAGGAUAUGGCACGGAUCACUUCUGGUUGGAAUACUUCUCAGAUGACGUUUUACAAUCUUUCAACUAUACCCCUCGAGAUAUUUACUGGGGCCAAUUGGCUGGCUGCCUCGAAGCCAUCGACGCCGGAACAACAUUCGUUCUCGACCAUUGCCACGGCUGCACAUCUCCCGAACACGCUGAGUCUGCUAUAUCUGCUUUUUCCGACUCCGGUAUCCGAGGUGUAUUUGCAUACGGAGAAACGUUUCUAAACCUGAAGAAAUGGGACAACAAGUCAUGCGUCCCUAACGCCAUGUCCAUUUCCGAACCCUUCAUCAAGCAUGUCGAAGACCUAGCCCAACGAGGCCCCUUUGGGAAUGACUGUGUCAACGUUGGCCUUUCGUUUGAUGGAUAUCAUAUGCCAGAGCAAGAAGUUGACAAGUUAUUCCGUCGAGCACUCAAAGCCAGUGUUAAGCUUAUCACGUCGCAUAGUGGAAAUUUUGGGCCAUCGGUACCAAAAGCCCUUGAGAGGUAUUCUCUAUUCCCUACCCCAAAAGACGAUUACACUAUCGUCAUCUCCCACGGAAACUACAUGGACGACGAAGACUUCAACUUACUCAAAAAGCACCGCGUCCCAUUAGCCUGCACGCCAGCCACAGAAGCCCAAGGCUCAAUGGGCUGGCACCUCCUGUUCGAACCAGGCCUCGUCACAGCCUUGGGCGUAGAUUGUCAUUGCCUCACCUCCUCAUCUCUUAUGCAAGCAGCUAGAACCGCUCUUCUUUUCUCCCGUCUGCAAAAGACACUUGAACUAAAAGAACAAGAUCAAAAGGUUGAUAGAUUUGAUCACACGAGUCAUGACGUCUUUAACAAAGCCACUAUCGAAGCUGCGAGGGCUGUUGGCAUGGAAAAUGAGAUAGGAUCUAUUGCUGUCGGUAAACGAGCCGAUAUUCUGGUGUUCUCGCGAGAUCGAUCUUUGGCAUUUGGGGCAUCAGCGAGGGAAGAGCCGGUCGCGGCGAUCGUGACGUACAGCGAAGCUCGCGAUAUUGAGGCUGUUUUGGUAAACGGCUGCUUCAGAAAACGUGGAGCAAAGUUGAUGCCUGUUUUGAAGAAUGGAAAAGCUGUUGGGCUUGGUCAGGUUUUACAAGAGCUUGAUCAGAGUCAGAAUAACAUCAGGCAGAAGCGAGAGUCAUGCAACAUCAGCAUAUCGAAGGGCCUGGUCUCGAGCAUUGUUCAACCAAGCCAAGCAUAAGUCUGUAUUUAAUUUAUUUAAACUUUUAUAAGGA